GCUAAUAAAAAAGCGGCUGACUUGUGUUGUGGCCGUGUGAUGUCUAUUUUUCAGACGAAAAUAUUUCAAUAAUGUUUAAAAUGAUCAAAUAAAUUUGGUUUAGUUUAUAUUCCUGUGACUAUUCCUUCAACUCUUUAAUAUGCUGGCUCGGUUUUUUGGGAAUCUCUUGUUUAACCUAGUCCAUUUGGUGAUAGCGAUACUUGUUGCUGUAAAUAAUGUUUAUCGUCGAUUCUGGAGGAAACCGGCGAUAUCCAGGGAUGAAGUGACCAAAUAUGACCUUCAGUUGGUCAGAGAAAAUGUGCCACAACUGAGGAAGAAAUUGCAUCAUCUGGUGAUGCUGUCAGAUACUGAGCAGCAUUCUCUUGACGACCUGGCAUUCAUUGUUAUAUGGAGCCUGCUUGUAGGAAUACCCUACGUCACCUUCUAUGAUAUUACAGGUGACCUCAUAGAGAAUGAGCAGAAGUUCUUCCUUGAAGUGGAGAAGAGGAAAAAGGGGAUCCCGGGCUUCAUCAAAUGGUCAAAGAUGCCUGAUCUCAAUGGAUUCUCUAACGGCACUCAACCACACACAGUCAAUGUCAGCAUAUUUAGCUAUGAUGAUGGACAACCUAAAAUUGCUGAAUGUAUUAGAAAGAUAGCUCUAAAGGAGUUACCAUGUGAUUCUAGUUCUGAUGAGUUCACAGCACAAGAAUUAGAUAAAAGUCUUUCCCUUAUGUAUACUUCCAUUCCCGAGCCUGAUUUAGCUCUGUACACAGGUUCCUCAUGUCGCACCUUUGGCCUGUUACCUUGGCAAAUAAGAUUAACUGAAUUCAUUAAGCUUUCCGAAGACAGUAGUAUUAAUGUAUCUGAUUUCUUAGGUGCUCUGUGCAAAUAUAACAAAUGUGAUCAAAGAUAUGGCAAGUGAAAAUAGUUAAUGAAUUGUAUAUUUAAUUAAUAGGCCUAAGAACCUAUGUAAGAUUAAUUUAUUUCAUAGUAGGUUUUCAUUUUUAUCAAGCAGAUGAUAACAUUCAGGGGGUUUCAUCAUUUACAUAAUUUGUAAAAAUUAGUUAUAUUUAUUCAGUGACACAUAGGUAACUUUUCAUUCCAAUUGAAUGUGUAAAAUAAUUAUUUCCCAGUAAACUAUGAACAUUAAGAAUGUUACCAAUCCAAGUAAAUAGUGCUCAAAACCCAGGUUCUUACUAUGUAACCUUCUCCAAGUGUAUGGAUUGAAAAAAAUACAAAUAAUCAUGUUCAUAGGGCAGAUUUGUGCUCAGUUUGAAUACAACUUAUUGUUUGUGUUGUCUCUAAUGCAGGUUACAAGAAAGAUUAUAAUUUGAAACUUUUAUUUUUACAAUAAAAUUGUACAUAAUAAUGUAACAAAAACUACUUGAAGUAGAUUCAAUAAAAUGCAUUUACAUGUU